AGAAACGCCACUCUCAAAAGAUUUUUUUAGAGGGCGCUGUACCGGCGGCAGAUCCGAGUAUCAAGAUGGCGUCCCUUGUCACCGAUGUUCUGCUCGCAAACACGGAUCUGUUGGAAAAGGAAGACCUGGGGACGCGCAUCGGCAAAUUAUCAACUCACAUUGAUGAGAUCAAGGGUGAAAUCUACCAUGCCGUACACGAGAAGUAUGCCAACUACAGACCCACCAGGGACUCCACCCAGGAGCUACACAACAAGGUGCAGACACUGUCCACUGAGAUGCAGACUCUCAGCAAUAAGAUCAAGGGAGACAUCAGUUCCCAGCUCAACAGCUCCACCAGUGAUCUUCAUGACCUCACCAGACAGUUGGAGAAAACUAACGCUAUCAUUGAUGUGCUACAGUCACUAUGCAAGGUUAACAGUUUACUGACAGACUUUCAGAGCUUCGUCCAGAACAGUGAGUUCCUGCAAGCAGCCGAUGCCAUCAAUGAAUUGAAAUCUGAUUUGGACGUUCUCAUUGAAGACGGAUACUGUGAGCUGAAAAUUGUCAAGGCUCUAAGGUCUGAGCUGCGAGUGAACCAAGAGACGCUGUUGCAUCAUCUAGGAGAGGCCUGGUCUGCCAUGACUGUCUGGACCAUACCCCAUGCCAAAGAACCCGUCACCCUGACCAACGUCAGCCAAGUCCAACUCAAAGUCGUUCACAGUGAAAAUGCUGCAGUUACUGUCAAUGCCAUGAGCCAGGUUGGAAUUCUGAAGAGCAAAAUGCAAGUUUUCGGAAAGAAACUGAUGGAGUAUAUUCUGAAGCCAGUUGUGACGUUGUCAAAUAUUGCACCAGCAAUUAACGCAGCUAAAAAGUCGCAGUCCACCACCGUUGGAUUCAAGGUGCUACCCAAGAGCUCUGAGGAGCCGUCCGAUCCCGUAGCUGUGUACAAGAGCACACUGGCAAUACUGAAAGCACUGAGUGGGCCGUUACUUAGCCUCAAGACAGAGGGUAAAAACGGAGAUGAGAACACAACGCUGAAGGCUAUGCUAGGAGAAUACGUCUGGCCAGAGCUGUCCAAGUGUAUCAUCACACAUUGUCUGGUGCACUCGAUACCCACAAGCAGCUCAAAGCUCAAUGAAUACAAAGCUGUCAUCACGGCUACCAAGGGAUUUGAAGCUUCUCUCCGGAAAACAGGGUUUAUUGCAGAAACUGCUUCUCCGUUGCUGACCUACGCCAGAGAUGUCAAUGUCCACUUUGCUAACAAAAAGUGUCAAGAGCUGAUAGUUGAAGCCCGCAAGCUGAUGAAGAGAGAGCUGCACAAUACAAAGAGAGUCGGUACAAUGAAGGUUGACAACAAGGACGUCAAAGAUCCAAAACAAGAUACCAAGGACAAGUGCCACGUGAGCGAGGGUAUCUUUGCACUGCCUGAGUGUGCAGUCAGUGAAAGCAUAGAGUGUCUUGUUAAUCUAGCCUACCAGACAUUACAAGAAGCUGCUAGUAAUACACCGCAAUGUGCCAUCCAGCUGUUCUACACAGUGCGAAACAUGUUUGAGAUAUUUUGUGAUGUCGUACCCACAUACCACAGAGAUAGUCUGGUUGUCCACCAGUUGGGUCACCUCCAGCGAGUCUGGACCGACAUCCUCCCCAGUAACAUCUACACCAAGGCCAUGUCUACACUCAUCAACACGGUACUCAUGCACAUUGUGGAGAAAGUCUCGUCACUAGAGGACAUCUCAGCUGAUGAUGCGCAGCAGUUACAUUCAUUACUCUCGGGACUACAAGACAGAAUUCCACACUUGAUCAAACCAGGAGAAGUUGAGGAACCAGUUUUGGUACAGAGUACCGUUGAUCAGUGGACGUCAUUCAGCGAGUUGCUGUUUAUGUUAGACGCCAGCAUGCAAGAUAUUGUUGACAGGUGGGCGGAGGGCAAGGGACCACUCGCCAUGGUGUUCAGCGCCAGUGACGUGAAGAGCCUGAUCCGGGCAAUCUUCCAGAACACCGACAGACGAGCCACAGCGCUCGCCAAAAUCAGAUAGGACCAGCCGGGAAACGGACAUUUGUCACAGCCAAAUCAUCCCGCGUCAACUUAUGCCCAUCCACACCCUACAGUUGUAUGUACAGCAUAUUAAAGGGACAUUACGGCCUGGAAUACGCCAAAUUGGGCUACAAAACAAUAUCAAAUGGAAAGAGCAUUUAAAACAAGCUCGCAACAACAAAUUCCUCAUCACUUGCAACAACACCGUGAUGCCAGGCACGGCACAGUUACUACAACAUAGCACCUGCCUCAGAUUGUCUGCUCACCAGAACAACCCGACGACAGCAGCGCCUGUAACUGGUAUCCGGCAAGCUGGUGUCCUAUCACCCCAUAGAUUGUCAGUUGUUACUCAACCCACCGCCCACGCGCCGUCGGUUUGUGUCAUGACUGUGACGUCGCCUGCCGUUCAGCCAUUGGUCGGUGGAAAUCAAUUGACUGAGUUUGAUACGAGCCGCAGGAUGUAUGACCAUGUUCCACCAUCCCUCCUUCAGUCUUCACUGACUGCAGGUGGCGUCAAUUCUUCAGGAGCUAUGAAGCCUCCUACGGACAUCCAGAAACGCAUCUUGCUUCAGCAUCUACGCCUGCAGCUGGAGUUGCUACAGGCUCAGCGACUACAACAAGCGUGCCGCCGCCUAAAUGUAAGACGAGGCAGAAACACAGAAAGGGGAGGGCAGGGCAUGGAUCUAGAGGAGCGAUGAUUAACGUGAAGAAGCUAUGUCACAUGCAGGAUGCUGAGAAAAGUAAAAAGCACAAGAACAACUCAACCGCCAGUCGAGACAAACACAGCCCAACAUUCAAAGUCGACGGGGCUAUGAAUCAUGUGCUACAAUAUCCAACCUGGCAAUUGUAAACAACAACAACAACAGUAAUAACAAAUGUGACGGUGACUCUCAAGAUUGUUUGACCCAGCCCCAUGCUCUAAACCCGUUACGGAAUUGAAAAUCUUCCAAACAACAGAGAAAACGCAGCAGUGGAAUUGAUGCGUUGCGUGGAAUAACAGUCAGUGAUUCCGAGCCAGUAGUGGACAACAUCGGCCAUUGCUUUUGAAGUCGGCAAAGAGUCUGUACCCCUUGACUUGUCCUGCACUCUUAUGCCCACCUACAACACGGGGAACAUGAUUGCCUCUAAUGCCGCUUUCGAAUCGACGACUGGGUUGUGGCAACGGAAACCAGGCUAUGAACAUGUCAACAUGAUAAACCAAUCCCAACGUCAAGGAUUUGAAUUUAGUCAGAUCCCAGAGGUAAGGUCCCCAGAGUCCACCUAUCUGUUGUACAGUUGCUGUGACGAUGAGGCAUGGUACCAGUCCUCGCAGUCUGAUGAGGUGGAUAUGCUGCCCAAUCAGAGCUCGGCAUCUCCUGCUGCUGGCCAAUCAAAUGCCAGCAUGAGCUCGCCAAUGCAACCGUGGUCAUUCUUUGCAAGGCUUGUGCACAGCGAGCAACAGAAGUCCCUAUUUUAAAAUAAUAUUCAGUUUGUAACCCAACUUGCAGUAAAUGAGUAUUUGUAGUUAUAGAAAUAAGUGCAAGAGUUCUAUUUUUCAAACAUAAUUUCGUUGUUCUAAAUUGCCAGAUAGUUUCGUUUAUUUUGCCCAAGGUAAGCUUCAAAAUUACAGUGUAUUCCUGAAAUCCCUGUAUGUUAUGUACAUUGUAUGUACAAAACAGCUGAUGUGAAUUUAUGUGAUUGUUCUACCUUUUAUAUUCAAACGAAAAGAAUCAGAUUUGAUCUUAGAUUGAACACGAGUGUACAUGUAUACUGUUUUACAUCUGUGUAUGUUGUGUAAAACGUUUCAAUACACAUGUAUCAGAAUAUAUGUAUCAGCUGGAAUAAAUAUCCAGAGUGCUGAGGCAAACGAAUAUGAACACUGUUGUGAUUCCUGUAUUUAUCAGGUGUACAUACUUGUCGUUUAGAGAAAAGUCAGCAGUUUUGGGGUUUUUUUUAACAUUUAAAUAUUACUGUAGGCCUAAAGCUGGGUCCUUGAUUUUUUUUUCGAUUUUGGCAAAAACAAAAACGAAAUUGUUUAAACUUGCAGGGAAAAAAAUGCUUAGAGGACAUUUAAACGCAUUCUAAUUGGAUUUCUGGACCCGUGUGCUUCUCAACCGAACAUUGCAUUGAAAAUUUGGGGGAGAGCGGUUCAAAAUGACAUUUUUUUUCUCAAUAGAUCAGUCAAUUUGUCCAAAUCUUCAAAUUUGUUGUGUAUAUUUCAAGCUUAAUACGCUACAUUGUUUUGGUUAAAUUAUUUUAUUGUUUGACAACCAAUGACUUUAUUACUUAAUCACACUAUUACUUUAUUACAUUAAAUGUUACUUACGAUAUCGUCUCCACAAUGAGUUUGUUGGUUUUGUUCAAUGUAAGUUGACUCAAUUUUGCCAUGCAAUUUAUUUUUCGCGUUUAACACGCUACAUUGUUUCGAUUAUAAUAAUUGUAUUGAUAAACGAUUCCUCUCCAAAUUCAACAAAUUUGUAUUAUCUGUCUAGUUUAAAUAGUAGUCAAAAUUUAAAUUCAGUGCAGCAGAUACUUCUUGAGUUAUAUUCUGGAAACGAGUGUGUUGUUUUCGUGUCGUGAAAGUUGACACUAAAUUGCCAUUUUUUUCGCUGAACACGCUACAUUGUUUCGGUUAUAAUAAUUGUAUUAAUUAUUAAUUGAUUCCCCUCCAAUUUCAACAGAUUUGCGUUAUCUAUCCACUUUAAUCAAUGUAUGAAAUUUCAAUUCAAUGUAAGAGAUGUUUCUAGAGUUAUUUUUUGGAAACCGAGUGUGUUGCUCGUGUCAUGAAAGUUGAGUAAACUUCGCAUUGUAUUUUUCACGCUUAACAUGGUAACAUGUUCGGGUUAAAUUAUUUUUUAUUUUUUGACGAUUCUUCUUCAAUUUCAAACAGUUUGUGUAACCUAUGACGACAAAACACUCAAUAAAAUUUGAUUUCAAUACAUAACAAAUUUCUUGAGA